AUGCAAUAUUAAAGAGGAAGUCCGUAAGGAUAAGUCUAUGAUUUAAUGCAUCCUCCUGGAAGAGAUGUUCUAUCAUCUAAAUUAAAUGAUUAUCAAGGAUCUCAUCCAAGAAAUUUAAGAAAUGAUAGAAAUGUUGGUUAGAACCAAUUUAUUACAGAGCAAAUUACUAAUGAUCAAGGACAUGUUUAAAGACAUGCAGAUAUGAAUUUGAAGAUGAGAAAUCCCCUAUUUCAUGAGUUUCAUUACAAAAAAAUUAUUGAACCUUAAUAUACUAUGCCUUAAAAAAAGUAGGAAAUAGAGCAAGUUAAUUCUUAUAUAAAGAGCCAAGAUAAUGUGGAUUCGUUAGAUAUGUUCUAAUAAAACUACCUUUAGCGCCAAAAGAAUUUCGAUAGAGCUAAAUAAGGUCAUAACUUAAUGAAUUACCAAUUAGAUUAGCAAAAUCGCCUUGCUUCAAACAAUCAAAAUAACACUAUAUAGCAAUAAAGUCCUUAUAAUAAUUACGCUUAAAAGAAUGACUAUCCAUAAGCUGAAAAUGUUUAUUAAAACAUAAGGCAAGGAAGUCCUCCACCUCCUUAGUAACUGCAAUAAAAUAACUAUAACCCAUAGAGAGCGAGUGCUCCCAAUAUUCAUAAGAUACCAUAAAAUAAUUAAAUUAAUCAAGGUCCAAUCGCUCCUCCUUCUAGAUAAUAUUAAAUGUAAAUUGGAGCAGGUUAAAAUGCUAUUCCUCCCUCUAGAUAGGUACAAUCUUAGUAAAACCUUUUGUCUUAGCAAAAUCAAAGUUAAAUAUAUAACAACUAUUAGCCUGAUUAUUAAAAUUAAUAGUACUAAAAUGACUAUAAUUUAAAUAAUUAGUAACAAUAUGAUUAGCGAACAAAUAAUUACUAGGAAGAUUAAUACUAAUAAUAAUAAUAAAAGCAAAAAGACUUUGAUAAUCCUGCAUAUCAAUAGUAACUUUAAUAGUAAGAAAAGUAAAUGAACCAAUAAUUUCAGUAAAAAGGAAUACCAUAAGAUUAUUUACCUAACUAAAAUAUCCCUCCACCUUAGAUAUAUGAUUAAAAUGUUUAAGAGCGUCGAAGCUCCCAAUAAUAAUUAUAACAACAGUAUAAUGAUUAAAAAAAUUAUUAAUAGUAGUAAGGAUAUUAAUAACCUUUAAGUGCAUCUCAAAUUGAUAACCAAUAUUACUCUUCUCCUGAUAUACUAAAUGAUAAGAGAAUGAAAAAAAUAUACAAUCCUUUGAUUUAGAAAGUAUCUGCAGUUUAUGAGCCAAGAUAUGGAGUAAAUGCUAGUUGGGAUAAAUAUGACAGAGAAUAAUUUAGAAAUUGGGAAAAUAAAGAAUAACACUAUUAUAAUAUUGUCAGAUCUAAAAAUUUUAUUUUAGACUAACAUGCUGACUAUUCAACAGGUAAUCAUGAAUAUGGCACAAAAAAAGUUUUAUACUGA